UCUUACUUUCAUUUCUGAUAGACAUGGUCAAGCCGGCUCAGUCUAGCAAGACCGAUAUUGAAACAACAUGGCAAACUAUCGAGGCUGGUCUUAGGCAAAUCCUGAGGCACCCAUCGGAAAAUCUUGAAUUGGACAUCAAAAGAUACAUGUGUCUAUAUACGGCCAUACACAACUUUUGCACAGUACGGAAUGCUGGUAGCAUUGAAACUGAGCAGGGUAAAGCUGGCCGCAAGCGCGGAGAAGCAUACCUUCUCGGAAAGGAAUUAUAUGAUAGAUUGAAGCAAUCACUUAUCGAGCACGUCCAAGGAAUCCAAGAUGAAGCUAGACGACUUCCGAAUGAGAGAUUACUCGGAUUCUACACGGAGAAGUGGGAUCGAUACACAACCGCUGCGAAAUACAACAACCACUUGUUCAAGUAUCUAAACCGCACCUGGGUGAAGCGGGAAAUCCAGGAGGGAAAGAAAGACAUCCAUGAUGUAUACAUGCUACAUCUCGUUGUAUGGAAAGAGAUGGAGGUCGCUACUGUUCAUGAGGACGUAGAAGACGCUCUGGCUCAGCUUGGGGAGACACGUCAAAAUGGAUUCGAUCAGGGUAUCAUUCCGUAA